GCAGAGAAAGCAGACGGCCUGGAACCUGAGAGAAGUGAGAGUUACAACAGCAGGAGCAGCAGGUUGGAAAAAUGAUAGGCAUCUUCGUGCUGCUCACCUCCUUCUUUUCCUUCCUGUACAUGGCAUUUCCCUACAUCAGAAAGUAUUUUGCUGGUGGAGUUUGCACAUCAACUGUGCAGCUUCCUGGAAAGGUAGUUGUGGUCACUGGAGCCAACACGGGCAUUGGGAAGGAGACGGCCAAAGAGCUUGCUCGUAGAGGAGCCAGAGUAUAUAUUGCCUGCCGGGAUGUACUAAAAGGAGAGUCGGCAGCCAGUGAGAUUCGGGCUGCAACAAAGAACCAGCAGGUGUUCGUCAGGAAGCUGGACUUGUCUGACACCAAGUCAAUCCGAGCCUUUGCCGAAGGAUUCCUUGCAGAGGAAAAGCAGCUCCACAUACUGAUUAACAACGCAGGGGUGAUGAUGUGUCCCUACUCCAAAACAGUUGAUGGCUUUGAGACACAGUUUGGAGUCAACCACUUGGGUCACUUUCUUCUGACUCACCUGCUUUUGGAGAGGCUAAAAGAGUCAGCUCCGUCCCGUAUAGUGAACUUAUCUUCUGUGAUUCAUCAUUUUGGUAGCAUUUACUUCCGUGACCUACAAGGGGAAAAAUAUUACAAUCGUGCCUUUGCUUACUGCCACAGCAAGCUGGCCAAUGUGCUUUUUACCCGUGAAUUGGCUUAUCGGCUAAAAGGAACUGGUGUCACCACAUAUGCAGUCCAUCCAGGCAUUGUCCAAUCUGAAUUGAUGCGUCACUCAUUCCUCCUGUGUUUGUUGUGGCGUCUGUUUACCCCUUUUGUGAAGUCAACUCAACAAGGAGCUCAAACCAGCCUCCACUGUGCUUUGGCUGAGGGUAUUGAGUCUGAGAGUGGCAGAUAUUUCAGUGAUUGCAGGAAAGCGUGGGUGUCCCCAAAGGGUCGCAACAACAAAACGGCCAAGCGCUUAUGGGAGGUCAGCUGUGAACUCCUGGGCAUUUAGUGGAAAUACAUCGUGGCAGAAGAGAAGUGACUUUAUACUCUUAACCUGGACUAACUGAGCCCAUACAGCCAAAGGAGAAGACACACUGAAGGAUCAGCUGCUGCCUGUAGACACAUUCCUCCUCUAUUUUACCUCCAUUACCUGUCUGAGAACCUUGUCCUACCUUUGCCCUCCUACCAGCUUGGAUCAUUUGGAUAGACAUUCACAUUUACACAAUCUUCUUAUCAAAGAGUAUGGUGAGUAGUGCAUGUGCAUUGUUGGCUUAAGCCUAAAGGGCAGGCCCCAACUCACAAAAGGCAGCACUGAAAGGCUUCUGAGGAAGGUAACAUUGCUUUACCCAUCAUCAUACCUGGUUCCAGCUGGUUAGUCUUCCAUUUUAGAAGCACUUUUUACUUGACCUCAGAGAAACUGAAAAGGGCCUAGAGUUACCCUGACCAAUCCUUCUUAUCUUUAGAAAACCAAUCCUUGUCAAUGAUGUCAGGAUACCCUCUGGAAAAUCCUCCCUAAAUCUGGACUCUCCUUCGGCCAUUUCCUCUGAGCCACCUUGCUUUGCUGCUGUAAAGACAGUCUUUCUCAUCUCUAAGCAUGGGGACAGUUUCCUUUUGUAAGUUUUUGUUUGUUUGUUCUCCUUAAUUUUUUGGAGAAAAUAAAGACCAAAUAAAUUCUUCA